AUGAGAGGGGAGGGUGCGGAAUUGACAUACUUGUCACACAUUAAGAAACUAUAUUUUGGUGCUCUCCGUAUCCGUAAAGAGCAAGAAGCCAGAGACCCCAGUCUUUCUCAGCGGUGCCCAGCAACCAAUGUCCACGUUUGGGAUGCACUUAAAGGUCGUAUGAAUGAAGCUCUUCGAUGGGCUCGAGAAGGCCUCAUACCCAAAGAGGAUGCGCCGGACAUUGUUGCCAAUACAUUUCUCUCCGGAAUCACAGAAGCGCAAAUGAACAGUGUUGGAAAAGGCUUUCUUAUGCAUCGAGAGUGUGAGUAA